CGCGGUCAACAGCGCCAACCCAUCCGGAGACCCAAAGAUCCCACGAACUCCAACGCGCAACUCGAUCUAUCAUCGAUCUCGCCGUGCCGUGAUCUCUUGGCACGCCAUGCAUGGCCGCAGGAGGAGGAGUGCUCAACCUGCGCGUCCCGUCGGCAUCGGCUGCGCCGGCGCGGCGGUGUAGGACGGCGUCGUCGUCGGUGAGAUACAGGAGCGCGCGGUGGGCGGCGCCGGCGAGGCAGGCGGGCGGGGCGCUGGAGGAGGACCACUACCGGGUUCUGAGGCUGGAGCCGGGCGCCUCCAGGGGCGACGUCAAGAAGGCCUUCCAUCGCCUCGCGCUGCAGUACCACCCGGACGUCCUGCGGCGGCAGUUUGAACAUUCUUAUUUUCAUUGCGAAUACGUAAAAGCAUAGCAGAAAUUGAUCUAAAAAUUGUGGCUUGGGACUGCAUUUGUUUUGUAGUGUAAAAUUUCAGCCAUU